UUCAAACACAUUUUCUUAAAAGUAUUUCAGUGGGUCAUUGAUAUAAGAAAUUAUAGAUCUAAGAAAAUAUGGUUGUUACAGCUCAACAAAUAUGGGAACAUACACCUUCUGAGGCGUGGAUAUAUCUCGUCAUUUUAAUCAGCGUUUAUAUCCUGUAUGUUCUGAAGAGUUAUAUCAGGAGCGUUAUACACAUUUCUCGACUAAAUGGCCCGAAAACCGUACCAUUUAUUGGAAAUGCAAAUUGUGCUCUCAAAGAAAACUUUCUUUAUAGAUUGGCACACGAGAAUCAAGCUUAUGGACGCGUCAUUAGAAUAUGGUUGACGAUAUUGCCAUACGUAAUGUUUCUAGAACCAGAAGAUAUCCAACAAGUACUCAGUAAUACGAAACACACGCGCAAGGUAUUUUUCUACAAAUUGUUAGAUAAUUUCCUUGGAAAAGGCUUGAUCACGAGGGACAUGGAAACUUGGCGUGUCCAUCGAAGAUUUUUGCAGCCAGCUUUCCACCUUCAUAUUCUCGAGAAAUUCACGACCACCUUCGCGGAACAUGCAGAUCACUUGAUGAAGAAGUUCCUUGAAAAGGAUAGUCAGGAAAUCAAUAUCACUACUUUCAUCAAUGAUUCUGUCUACAAUAUUUUGAGUGAAACAGUUUUGGGAAUAAGCAGUCGGAAUACCAGCGAAAUGGACGAUGAUCUGCCUUUUCGAAAGGGACAAAUUAUGCUCUUGUACCGGAUGGUUAGACCUUGGUUAUUAAUCGAAUGGAUUUACCGACUAACAAAAUAUGGUAGACAGGAAGAAAAACAACGAAAUGAUCUUUUCAAUACUUGCUUUAAAAUGAUGAAAGAAAAACGCAAUCUUUUACGAAGUAAAGAACCUGCCAUUCAUGAUGAGGCAAAGAAGAAGAGAAAAAUGUCCUUACUAGAAUACAUGGUGGAAAUAAACGAGAAAAAUCCUUGCUUCUCCGACGAAGACAUUGUUGAAGAGUGUUGUACAUUUAUGUUAGCCGGACAAGAUUCAGUUGGCACAGCGACUGCAAUGACGAUCUUCCUUUUAGCUAACCACCCGGAAUGGCAGGAUAAAUGUAUAGAAGAGCUCGAUGAAAUUUUUAACGGAGACUCAAGAUUACCCACGAUAAGUGACCUAAAAGAGAUGAGAUGUUUAGAAAUGUGUAUCAAAGAAUCACUUAGAUUAUACCCUAGUGUACCGAUAAUAGCAAGAACAUUAGGGGAAGACGUAAAAAUCGGAAAGCAUGUAAUACCAGCUGGUUGUAGUGUAUUAAUAUCUCCUUAUAGUACGCAUCGUUUACCACAUCAUUUUCCAGAACCUGAAGCAUUCAAGCCUGAACGUUUCAAUUCAGAAAAUUCUGAGAAAAGGCAUCCUUACGCUUAUAUACCUUUCAGCGCUGGACCAAGAAACUGUAUUGGUAACAAGUUUGCAAUGCUCGAAAUGAAAUCGAUGAUUAGUGCAAUUCUUAGAAGGUGCCGAUUACAAUCAAUUCCUGGAAAAGAAGAAGUGCGACCGAAAUUUAGGAUGACAAUUAGAGCGCAAGGAGGACUUUGGGUGAAAGUCGUUGCACGUGAUCAAAUAUCGAAAAGUGUUGUAACAUAA